UGUGCACACUGAACAUCCAGGAUGACAAGGAUUAUUCUGUUACUUCUGUUUCUCGAGCUUCCUCUUUACAAGGCAGAGGAGCAUGCUGUCAAUGAACUGUACACCCUAAUAGAGAAGGGUCCGACCAGCUUUGUGGAUCCAGCUCCCAGCAACCAGAGCAGGCUAGUGGUUAAAGAGCCCUCCCUGCCCAUCAAUGAGCUUCUCGAGAAGAGCGGCAAGACCGGUGAGGCCAAAUUCACCCUCCACCCUCUACCCUCUGCUGUCUGGCCAAAGCACAGUGACCUGGCCCCCAUCCUUCGCCACCACGGCCCCCACAACAAGAGCAAAAAGGGCCACAAGAGCGACCGUCUGGUGGAGCACAACAGCGAGAAAACCAGAGGAGAAGUUGCUGGUCUGCUUCCCAAACCCCCCCUGACAGGAGCUUCAGCUGCCGCAGCCUCCAACAACCGCACUGCGCCGAAAACCAACCAGGACACUCAGUCCAGCGUCAGUCCUCCUCAGCAGAGUGAACCAGACGGACACCCAAACUCCAGACCCAGGGGUCUGCCCCACUCGCAGCCUCAGGCUCAGCCACACCAACCAGCCCCUUCCCCACGCAGAGAUCCCCCCAGCCGUAGACUGGACCCGGAGGAGAACCGGCCAGGGAAGUCGAGUCUCUACCAGUCAGGUAUCGGUGCAGCAACCCGGAACAACAGCCGCCCGCCUGUGGUCUUCAACCGGCGCUCCUCCAGCCUGCUUUACCAGUUUGACAUCCUGAGGCGAGAGUCCGACUUCACACACGACGCCUUCUGCAUGAGCGAAUGCAGGAAGGAGAAGGAGGAGAGAGAGUAUUACUGCUACAGUGAGUUUGCCAUCAAUGGGAUAGUUCAUGACAUCGAGGUGCUGCGCAAAGGAAUACGUCUGAUUACGCUGAUGGUGAGCAGCGACGGCUUCUACAAGAUGAGUCGUCUCUAUGUGACCCCAGACAGCUUUUUCUUCAAAGUUCGCCUUCUGGUCCUGGAUACCUACAGGUGCAGCAAGCCCUGCCCUGACAUCAAGCUAGGGACCAGAUACAUUGUAAUGGGCCAGAUCUACCACCGGAGGCGCCAUCUUCCCAGCGACCUCCUGAACCUACUGGGGGGUAAACUGAAGCCCGGAGACGGCCUCCUGCGGAGCAACAACUACGUAAAGCGGUUCAACAAACGGAGGCACCAGAAAGCCCUGGAGGCCACCCGCUCCAGGUGUAGGUGAAGCAAAGAUCAGACUAUCGCCCCCUGCUGCAGGGGAAGAGACAUUGCAGCUUACCCGAACUGAUCAUAACUAACCCCUCAGUAUUGUGCAAGACAGAGGACAUUUUGUGGAAAGCGUGGAUUCCUGUUCGCUUGGACUGCUGUGAUGUAUCAUAAUCCUGGGUCAUCUUUUUUACUUAUCUGUAAAGUUCCUGAAGUAUUGUCUUGUGGUCUCUUUGAUAGAAAACACAAGCAGCUUCAAUUAAAUGGAUUUUUCAUGAUUGUUUUGCAGUGUUUGGGGCAUCAAAGAAAGGCAUCCUGUCAGCCCUAUUAUUAUAUAAUGAAUAGGAACUCCCCUCAAACUCCUCGUUCAUUCAUGGCUGGCUCAUGAAGUCCUAAAUUGAAAAGGUGUAACAUUGGCUCACUUUUAAAGGGAAAUAUGGCUUAUCUGAAACACACUUAUGUCCACUUAGCAAACAACUAGCAUAUAGAAUGGGCAUAUUUUAGCAUCGGCAUUCACACAGGCAUUUUUCUGCCUUAUUAAUGUGCGUUUAACAAGCCAAUAUUUGUGCUGAGGAAGAAACACUGUCACAUCAGCCUCUUUAUUCCAGACAUAAUCCUGUAAUACAGAUACGAUAAUUGAUUUAAUGUUGUUUCCAUUCAAACGUAUUGACUUUUUAGAAUGAUGCCACAAAUCGAGUCUGUAAAUUAUGUUGAUUCCUUUGGUUAAUUGAUGAUGCUUCUAAACUGAUGUGAAUGCAACAUGUUGUAUUGCACUGAAUAGUGUUGUCUUGUAACGCCCAACCCUGUGCAUGCUGCCACUGUGGUUGUUAUUGGUAAGCAGGAAAUUCACUAUUAUUGUCAUAAGGACCAAAGGGAGGGAAUGAAGGGUUUGAGAAAGCAGCAGCAAACCACAGUGGAGGAGGAGGAGCAGGA